UAAACCACAGCUCCUUCAGGGUGUCUAUGGCAUGGGUUUUAACCGGCCCUCCAAAAUCCAGGAGACCGCCUUACCCAUGAUGCUCGCUGAACCUCCACAGAAUCUAAUCGCCCAGUCUCAGUCAGGAACAGGAAAAAACGCUGCCUUUGUGCUUGCCAUGCUCAGCCACGUCAAUCCAGACCACAAAUAUCCCCAGUGCCUGUGUUUGUCACCCACCUAUGAACUGGCGCUUCAGACUGGAGUUAUUGAGCAGAUGGGCAAAAACUACCCUGAAGUCAAACUAGUUUACGCCAUACGAGGAAAUAGGCUGCAGCGAGGCGUGAAGCUUCAGGAACAGAUAAUCAUUGGCACGCCCGGCACCAUGCUGGACUGGUGCAGCAAAUUGAAGUUCAUUGAUCCCGAGAAGAUUCAGGUGUUUGUGCUGGAUGAGGCCGAUGUCAUGAUCGCAACGCAGGGUCACAAAGACCAGAGUAUUCGCAUCCAGAGGAUGCUGCCCAGAAACUGCCAGAUGUUGCUGUUCUCAGCUACGUUUGAGGAGACCGUGUGGGACUUCGCCAGGCGCGUCGUGCCUGACCCAAAUAUCAUCAAAUUGAAAAGAGAGGAGGAGACGCUGGAUACUAUCAAGCAGUACUAUGUGUUGUGCAACAGCAAGGAGGAAAAGUUUGAAGCCCUGUGCAACAUCUAUGGCGCCAUCACCAUAGCCCAGGCUAUGAUUUUCUGCCAUACAAGGAAGACCGCAGGCUGGCUGGCGGGAGAGCUUUCCAAAGAGAACCACCAGGUGGCGCUGCUUAGCGGGGAGAUGCAAGUAGAGCAGAGGGCAGCUGUCAUUGAACGCUUCCGGAAUGGAAAGGAGAAGGUGCUUGUCACCACAAAUGUCUGUGCCAGAGGAAUUGAUGUGGAGCAGGUAUCGGUGGUGAUCAAUUUUGACCUGCCUGUAGACCAGGAGGGUAACCCAGACAACGAGACCUACCUUCAUAGGAUUGGCCGCACGGGUCGGUUCGGCAAAAGGGGGCUGGCCAUCAACAUGGUGGACAGCAGAAUGAGUAUGAACAUUCUCAACAGGAUCCAGGAGCAUUUUAAUAAGAAAAUUGAAAAACUCGACACACACGAUCUGGAUGAAAUUGAGAAAAUCGCCAACUGAAAGACAAGUGUGCUGACAAAGUGGACGCCAGCUAGACUUGCGCUCUGCAAAGACUGUAUGCUUCUUUAUGCUGGCUUUUUAAGUUUGUAUUUUAAGCCGUUAGGGUGGAGGGGGUAAAACCACAUAUACUGCACGUUUACAUACACUUCAGUCUGUGGAACAUACCCUAUUUCACUCUUUUUACUAUAAUAUUUUAUUUUGUAAUGCUGAAAAAGCUUAACUGUCAAGUAACUCCUAAAACCCCAUUUGACUCUGCUUUUCAUACAUAUAUGAACAUUUUUCAUGAAUGUAUCCUCUUUAGGUCAUUACAACAUUGACAGUGUGUGGAAAGGGUGAAGUUGGGUAUACUGCUGCUCUGAGUGCAGGGGUGUCAUUUUGGGUGAUGACUGAUGGAUGGAUUUUAGGGUCUAUGCAAAUUUAGAGUAUACUCACAUGAAAGAAAUGAAAUUAACCUCAAUUUAUCUUCAGGGUGCGUAGCCAAAUGCCAAAAUGGAGAUGACCUACUAAUAACUCCUCAACAUUUUAGAUCAUUCUGGAGUAAAGCCCAGUCACGCGUCCCUCACAAUUUUAUUUAUAGAGUAUUAAGACUACUCAGCUGUAACAUGUAGUUGUUUUUAAACAUUUUUUGCCUACCUAUUCCACAACUUCCCACUUACCACAAACUUCACAUCUUUUAUUUUGAAAUUCAACCAAAAUUCUCUAAAAUUUCGUUUUUCUACUCUAAUUUCCACAUUUUUCAACCGAUUCAACCCAUUCCAACUUUCAAGUGUUCAUCUUUUGCCUACCUGUUCCACAUAUUCCCACUUACCAAAAAUUCCAAAUUUUCAAAUUUGAAAUUCAACCAAAUUCUCCAAAAUUCCGUUUUUCUACUCUAAUUUCUACAUUUUUCAACCGAUUCAACCCAUUCCAAAUGUAUUCACUUAAUUCACCUUAUGCUUCCCACAUUCACUCCCAUUCACCCCCACUUCCACUAUGCUUACACAAUUCAACCCUUGACCCCCAAUUCCAGUGUGGCGGCCAUCUUGGAUGACCCUGGAGUGCCACCAACGAACCCAGAAUGAACCGGAAGUGCCCUAAAUCAAACCGAAAGUGACCCCAAAUAGACCGGAAGUGACCCCAAAUCAAACCGGAAGUGACCCCAAUGUACCAGAAAUGACCUUUUUAGACCGGAAAUGACCCCAAAUAAACCGGAAGUGACCUCAGACGAACCGAAAGUGACCCAAAUUAAACCGAAAGUGACCUAAAUAAACCGGAAGUGACCCAAAUCAAACCGAAAGUGACCCCUAAUAGACCGGAAGUGACCUCAGGUGAACCGAAAGUGACCCCAAAUGAACUGAAAGUGACCUUUUUUGACCGGAAGUGACCCCGAAUAAACCGGAAGUGACCUCAGCUAAACCGGAAGUGACCUGUAGUAAACCGGAAGUGUCCCAAAUAAACCGGAAGUGACCCAAAUUAGACCGGAAAUGACCCGAAUCAAGCCGGAAGUGAACUUAUUUCAACACUAAGUGCCCCAAAUAGCUACAUUUGCGCUAACGUUUUCGGUUUUUGUCCAAUUUAACCCGUUUCAACAUUUUUACCCCAAAAGUGAACCUCCUGAGGCCGUUUUUUUUGUUUUGUUCCAAAUUUAGAAAGAUUUUGGCGCAAUUGCUUUUUUUUAUUUUCCCAUUCAUUCUCUCUAUGGGGAUUCAACAUUUGCUCUAACUUCUACAUUUUUUAACUUAUUCAACCCGUUCCAACUUUUCAACACGUGUGCAUGCACAAACACACACCCAGACACAUUAGAGCAGCAGGAACGGAGAGAAAGUAUUUGCACUGUAUGUGCUUGUGUGAAUGUGCGUGUGAGGACAUUGUUGUAUUUUCUGCGGUUAAUUAUUAUUAUGUGGGGACAAGCAGUACAGAAAAUGGAUGGAUGGAUGGAUAAUUAUGAUAUAAGUAUUAUCAUUAUAAAGUGUUAGGAUACGGAUUUUAGCUAUUGAUCUGACUCCAAAUUAUGAUCAACACUUAACACAAAAAUUGCCAUGUUCUAAUCCACACACUGGCGCACCUAACAAUUUUGCGAGUUCGUUCUGUCAAAGAGAAGACCAGUAGAUCAAUCAGACCGAAUUUACCAAUUGUUUAAUCUUGACAAAGCAAGCUAAUACAGGCGCCUGGGCCUUGGGUCCUUAACACAAAAUCUCGUGUGCCUUCGUGACCAGAAAGACGACACAUUCUUCCGGGUUGCCCAGUUUUAAAGAAACACAAUAUGAAUAUUCAAACAUGCAAAAGAUUGUGUGGUGAUUGGUCGAUGGUCUGUGGUCAUCUCCUCCUCGUUUGGGUUUUCCCCUGCUCAGCACAGGUGUCUGGACCACAAAGACGAGUUGUUUUUUGCGUUCCCAUCGGCCUUGAGAUAUGCUCCCUUUCCGGACCUCCUGUUCCACAAUACUUUGAAGAAAACAAAUUCAUGUAGCCUGCACAUUCCUUUCCACUUAUUAAGCAACCACACUACUACUAGAAAUUAUAUUGAUAUGGUUAUAUGUGUCUAACGGAGCCUUAAUCAAAUGUGUUUGCAAACUGCCGAAAGUACAUUUCCCUUUAAAAGUUACAUUGAUACUGCCUUGACAGUGUCCAUGAAAACAUUAUCAAACAUUAAUAAUAAUAAUUCAUUAAAUUUGUA